AUGUACCUUUCUCUUGGGAUAGAACAGGGCAAAAAAAUGUUGGGCUUUCCUCAGGUUUUAAUGCUCCUUUCUUCAGCGCUUGAUAGAUCUUUACAGAAGAACGAGAGACUUCUGGAGACAUCACAUUCUAAAGAUGUAGUCACCAUUUUCCAUGGCGUAAGACCGCCCGCUCUGACCAUUCGCCAAUACGUCAAACGCAUCUUCAAGUAUUCGGGUUGCAGUCCGUUCUGUUUCAUCGUCGCUCAGACUUGCAUGGAUAGAUUCGUCCAGAACAUGGACGUUCGCUUGAAUUCUCUAAAUGUUCAUCGCCUUAUGAUAACAAGUGUCACCAUAGCAGCGAAAUUCGUCGAUGAUGCGUUCUUUAACAAUACAUACUACGCCAAGGUUGACGGAGUGAGCACGCCAGAGCUCAACCGGCUAGAGAUGAAGUUCCUGUUCAGCAUAGAUUUCCGACAACACAUCAGCAUCAACACGUUCCUGCGACACUGCUUGCUGUUGGAGAAGGAACCAUCCGAUAACUAA